AAGAAAGAGAGAUAAAGAGAGGGGCCCUCUUUCUAAAGCCUGCAACAGAAAUGAGUGGCACUGCACCAAAGAUUAUCCAGGUUCAUGGUGGAUCAUUGGAAUGAUUAUAGUUGAACUCAAGGAAGUUGUUUAGUGAACUUAUAUUGGCAUGAAAUCCUACAUGUUGAAGGAGGUUCAUAGGCCUAAGGCCAUGUGAUUUUUGUGGCCAAAGUAUAAUGGAGAAUGAUAUGUUCGGUGUUCCACGGGCGACGGUGAGUCGAAAUUCCGUUGUUAUCGAUUUGAUCCCGUGGGGGACGGUCUCUAAUAAUUCAAUAGUCAAGUCCAAUUUGUUUAACCAGAUCAACCAAAACCAGACACUAGCUGGAUUUACUGUGCUCCCCUCGAUGCAAGGGGAGUUUAGUGGCGAUCUAGGUGCUGAUUGCCGUCCGAAUCAUGUCCGGUUCUUUGACCCUAAUGCAUCGGUUGCAACGAAGGUUACGAGUUUUGCUUCGUGUUCGGAACAUAACAUUGAGUUUCAUGAGCAAUUCAUGGGGAGGACACCCGUUUCGAGUCCACCUGCAAGGUGCGGUCUUCAAGAAAGCUUAAAAGAGUUAGCAAACGUGCAGCCUUUGAUAUACCCUCAGAAUUGUAGGACCUACUCUUCAACUGAAUGCUCUGAUGGCAUGAAUUCUACAAUGAUGGCUUCAGUAAAUAGUGUGUUUAAUGAAGUUUUUGGUAGUAUGGAAAAUAAAUGGAAUUGUACCCCAUCGAAGACGGCAUUUCAACCUUAUUCUUUGAUCGGAUGUCCGGAUUCGAAUGGUUGGAUAGCGUCGAAUGGUGCAAAUAUGGGGCUGGAUUUUCCCUGUGGUUCCUCAAAAAAUAGUAACGAGCUAUCUUUAAGUCUUGCUACUUCACUUCCUGCUGUAAUCAGUGGGAACAAUAUACCUGAUCAGUCCUCUGAAAUAAACUGUAGCUUGAAUGCAACAAGGUUAGGCUCAGAACAAACUUCUUGCAAUGCUAAGGAGCUUUCUCUCAGUUUCGGUUCUGACAAACCGGUUCAAGUAUCGCUUUUGAUAUCAGGAUCGAGAUAUCUUCAUGCUGUUCAAGAAAUACUUGCUCAAAUUGCAAGCUAUUCUCUUGAAAAUCUAGAGCAGAUGAGUGUCGGAGCCAGAGCCUCUACGGCAUUCUCCUCUAGCUGUCUUGCCAGAAGAUGGAUGGCGAUGAUUGAUUCGAAUGAUCUACCUGAUGUUAAUGGUAACUCUGAGGUACAUUUAGAGGCAGAAGUACAAACACUCCCUGUCGAGGCCAAAAAAUCCCAACUGCUGACUUUGCUCCAAGCGGUCGAUGACAGAUACAGUCAAUGCUUGGAUGAGAUCCAUACGGUUAUAUCUGCAUUCCAUGCCGCGACCGAGUUGGACCCUCGAGUGCAUGCUAGUUUUGCUCUACAUACCUUCUCUUUCUUAUACAAGAACCUUAGGGAGAGGAUCAGCAACCAAAUCCUAGCCAUGGGAGCAAAUUUCGAAGGCGGAUGUAAGAGAAGUAGCGAUGACUCAUUUCAGAAUUCAUUCAUCCAGGAGCAAUUGGCCCUUCAGCAGCUGAAGAAGGAUCAAAUAUGGAGACCACAGAGAGGAUUGCCGGAGAAGUCUGUCUCGAUUUUACGUGCAUGGAUGUUUCAGAACUUCCUUCAUCCGUACCCCAGGGAUGCAGAGAAACAUUUACUUGCAAUAAGAAGUGGCUUAACCAGGAGCCAGGUCUCUAAUUGGUUCAUAAAUGCUCGUGUUCGUCUAUGGAAGCCGAUGAUAGAGGAAAUGUACUUGGAGAUGAACAAGAGAAAAACGCUACAAAACAAAGGAACCAACAGCAGCAACCCCCGGAGCGAGAUAAGCAUCAACCAUCAAAGGUUUAACAUCAACUAAAAGCACAAGAAAGAAAGUAUAUCGAUCGGAAUCCGGAUUUGAGCACCUUUCCGGUUGGAAAGGAAUGCAUCCACCUCAGUCAAGGUUACAACUGUGCUUAAUGCUCCACUGUAGUUGGGACCUUUAGCUUUUAAGGGUAUGGUCCUAAUUCAAGCAGGGAACCCUCUUGUUGAAAAUCUUAUGAAAUUCAUAGUAAAAUUUCAUGGAAUUAAUUGGUAUGUUGACUACGUUGAACGCCCCG